GCCAUCAGCUGUGACUGUAUGUCAAGUAACACGCUUGUUCACCUGAAAUUCGUGACUUUAUUGUUGAUAAAAUCUUUUCCAUCUUCACAUAGCAAGAUUUUCUUGAUUGAGAUCAAAUAGAGCAAUGGGUUCGAACCCAAGUUUAGUGCCCUUCGGUCUUCAAGACUUGCCUACCGAUAUCAGCCCCCCGAUAACCUCCAACAGCGUCGCGAAUUUUGAUCCAGAAACGAUCAAGAAAGAUGCACUGGACACCCGAAUUGUAGUUCACCAUCGCUUUCCCGAGCUCGUGCAGCGCUUCCUCGAGCACAAGAGGCUCCAUGGUAGCAGCAUAGAGAAAGCACUCUACCAUGACGGCUGGACCUGGCAGCAGCAGAUUUCCCGUUUUAUAGAGAAACGGAGCCUGGUGUUCAUGGGCGGGAGGGACUUCACCGUGGUGAGGAACGGAGAACAGAUCGGUGGCGCGUACAAGGAAUGGGACCGCAUCGGAACUGAAAGAGAGAGCGAAAACGAGUAUCUUUUUCUGAAGGAUUACCUUAGCUACGAUGAGAUUAUGCUGGGCAGCUUGCUAGGCGUCAGCAGCCCUAGUUACUUCGUCAACGACGGGAGUCGCAACAACAUGGGCCGUCCGGGUAAGGCGGGUGAGUUCGAACCGCGCGGGGUAAUCAUCGGGCUUGUUGGGGCUCGUUUUGAAAGACCCGAUCGGAUGGAUUUCGCGCUCUUAUUACGAGAUGCCCAGAAUCCCAGGAUGCAUCCUGAGCUCAAGGGCUUAUUCUACGAUUUCUUCGGCAGAAGAAGAAAAGACCCGCAGGCGAUAUUUGAUGAAGAAAUGUACAAGGCGAGAAUCCGGAUCAGCGCUGACAUCCUAUUCUUUGAAGCGAGUCGGAGAGCGAGAGCCGCGGGGAAAAAGGCGCACGUUUACGUGGUUGGCUUAGGUCUUGGGGUUUGGGCUCUACACGGCAUGGGCAACCAGUCGUUACUCUACGUCGAGGCAUUUAUGGAGUCUCUAGAGCAGCUCGGCGACAGCCUUUCUUAUAUUGGCACUGUAGAGUUUGCUUGGAUCGAUAAAGUCCUGGGUUUCGAGCAGCGUUCGAUGUCCGUUGGUGCUCUCCAAACGAAUAUCGAUGUGAGGUUCACACGCCGUAACCCGGCAGAGAAACUUCAUGGCGCUGAUGAAAACAACCUCCUUGUUUUGAGCUAUGCUUGGGAUGGAAACGCCUUUCCUGGUAAUGAGUACUGGGUCGGUUCUCUUACAGCCUCGGGAGACCCUGCAGCAGCUUGUAUGUCGACGAUCAGCGAACUUCAUAAUCCUUUGGUGAAUCCUGGAUUUCUUGAGCGCAUAGAGGUUCUUGGCGAGAUGCCGCUCGUUUCAGCUUAGCAAACAUGAAGACGUUUUUGAAUAUUCUUAGUUCAACGUUAAAAGCGUCUAGACAGAACGGCUUUUAAGAGAACUGCAUAUGUUCUGAGACUAUAGCUUUCACGAGUUUUCAUUUUGAUGAGUUGAUG